AUGGCCUCACUCAUUGAGCAAGUACGAAAACGAUUUUUGGAUGCUAUUCAAUCUGUAAAUCCCCCUGGAAGAUGGAAAGUCUUGGUUGUCGACGACCACUCCAAGCGCCUACUGAGCGCUGUUCUGAAAGACAACGAUGUGCUUCAAGAAAAUGUUACUUUGAUCGAGAGUAUCAAUACUCACCGUGGCGAGCAAUCGCUUGAGGCGAUGUACUUGCUGAUGCCUACCAGUCAAAACGUUGACAGAAUCAUCGAUGAUUUCUCUCAAGGCAGGAAACGAUACGGAGGCGCGCAUCUCUUCUUUAUAGAUGGACUCCCUGAGCCCCUACUCAAUCACCUCGUCAACUCUCCCGCUGAACCUCAUCUCCGCACUCUCCAGGACCUCUAUGUCAACUUUGCAGCUCUCGAACAACGUAUCUUUUCAAUUCGUUCCCCAUCUUUCUUUUUCAGCAUGUACGCUCCUCAUAAAGAGGUUCCAGCCACGACAUUCAACCCAAGACGAGCAGAGGCCGCGCACGUAUCACCUCAGCAAGCUGCUGUCAGCGCCGUGCGUGAGGGAUUGGAUAAUGAUUUGAGGUUUAUGGCCAAGUCUGUGAGUGAUUUCUCGGCUCUUGCUCUUUCUUGGGAGUUGGGUUGUAUAACACCAAUGCACGAACAGAUCGUCAACGUCUGCAUCAUGAUGAACGAGAACCCCCUGAUUCGAUACUAUGUCCCUUCACACCACCCACCCCUUGGCCCCCUAGGUAAUCCCCCUGAACAGCAAUCCGCAGUAGCUCAACCAGAGGGCUCGAGUCGAUGGCGUUCAGCGAUGGCAACUAACAUGCGAGCGUCAUCCGCUGCAUCCGAGAAUGACGAACACAUAUCCAAACGGUUGGCACAAUUUGUACAAAGGGAGAUGGAUGAAUAUCGUAAAGCAAACCAUGACUUCCCAAAAGUCAUACCGGGUGAAACAAACCGACAACGAUCAGUGUUGUUUAUCACAGAUCGUUCGAUGGAUCCAGUUGCGCCUCUUAUGCAUGAAUUUACGUAUCAAGCCAUGGCUACAGACUUGCUUCCUAUCGAAGGGGGCACACGAUACAGGUACAAAUUCGAGAACUCGCGAGGGAUCCGCGAAGAAAAGAUUGCCACUUUGGCUGAGACCGACUUAGUCUGGACUGCUACACGGCAUAUGCACCUUCUCGCUGCCAACGAAAAACUCAAGGCUGAUUUCAACAAGUUUUUGGAAGACAAUGCUGUGUUUCGUGGCGCUGACCAAUCGCUCAAUGGUGUCAAAGAUAUGUUGGCCGGACUCCCUCAAUACCAAGAGACCUGGGAGCAGUUUUCUCUGCAUUUGAAUAUGGCAGGGGAAUGCAACAAAUUAUUUGAUCAGAACAAUCUGUCGGCUGUCGCUGACGUUGAGCAGAAUUGUGCAACUGGUGAAACAGCUGAAGGAAAAGUUCCCAAGAGCGUGGUCGAGGAUUUGGUGCUCUUGUUGGAGAAUAGAAACUUAAGCUCAACGGACAAAGCCCGACUCAUUGGACUCUACAUUAUGUAUCGUGAUGGUGUAUCUGAUGAGGACAAGAGGCGUUUAUACCAACAUGCACGACUAUCAAAUAUGGACCAGGAUGCAGUGAAUGCCUUGACCUAUCUCGGUACACGCAUAGGAGCCGCGGACAGGGAUAUCAAACGCAAGCUGAAACAAAAAGCUGCAGCAAACUACGAGUAUGAUCAAUCAAGGUACCAACCGAUGUUGCAGACUGUUCUAGAGGAUCACUUUUCCGGAAAACUCGAUCAAAGCGUGUUUCCCUACGUUCGGGACGCUCCUCCUGCGGCAGCUCCACUGGGUAGCUCGCUGGGUAGCUUCCGGAGCUCUCCUGCACCCACACCUACUACAGCGGCCCCAACAUCCCUCAGGAGCCAAAAACCUAGUUGGCACAAGGCGCCGCCGCCUGGAGGUCGCAACAAUGCUGAUGCUUUAAAGCAACGGGUCUUUGUAUUUGUGGCCGGUGGCAUGACUUAUUCUGAGAUGAGAACGGCAUACACUAUGAGUGCUCUACAAAAUAAAGAGAUCUUCAUUGGCUCCACCCAUCCAAUGAACCCAGCCCGCUUCAUCUCCGACCUACGAGCUAUCAGCAUGGACGGAGUCGGGAGCGCGGCGAUACCCGACGGACUGCCCAAACCGACAGACCGACAGAUCCCAUAUCAGGAAUACUACGAUCGUCGCCAGAUGCAACCUCCACGGGUUGAACCGCCAAGGGGACCAACUCACCAAGCUUCAUCGAGCUCAUUGGGAAGUGGAGGUGGAGGUGGAGGAGAAAAGCUGAAGAAGGACAAGGAGAAGAAGAAGAGGGGAUUGUUCCAUUUCUAG